AUGCCAUCAAACGUUACGGACAGCAAUUCUGCGUUUGUGGAGACCAUCACUUGGUGUUUGGUUUUUAGCAUCGAAGCCCUGUUUGGGAUAAUCGUAAACCUGGUGACCAUAGCUGCCUUCCUCAAUAAGAAGACGCCUUUACAAAAGCAAAGCUCUCCUUUGCUCACAAACCUAGCAUUUGCGGAUUUGCUAGUUGCUACAAUAGUUAUUCCAGGCUGGGUAUACUACAUCGGAGACUCGCAAGAAUGGGUCUAUUCUCCCGUAGUGUCUAUUGGCUACAGUACCAUAGACAUACUAACGGCCUUUGCCUCAGUGACCAAUCACGGCUGUAUCGCUGUAGAGCGUCUUCUAGCCACGCUUUCACCGAUGAAGUACAUGCACAACAAACGCAAAAUUACCAGUUACCUUAUAGCAUUCCCUUGGGUAUGCGCCAUCUUAAUAUCGUCCUUAGUGCAAGUGGGCUUCCGCGUUUUCCAUUCACCUAUGAUUGCCUUUUUUGCGUGGUUGCCGUUUUUGUUAUCUCUCCUGCUUGUUGUCACCUUGUCCUACCUUAUUUUAUUGUGUAGAAUAAGACAGAUCUCCAAAAACUUGUCUAACUCCUCGGAGCGUUCUCGCCGUCGCAGCCAGCGUUUCACUGUCACCGCCUUUAUUGUAACUGUUGUUUCGUUCACCGCCUGGCUUCCAUUUAUGAUAAUGAGCGCCAUCAACCUCUACGUUGAGAUCAACGAUGAUGCAGGGAUAGUUAACCCUGUCAAACUGCUGCACUUCUUUAAUUCUCUGGGAAAUCCCAUCAUUUACUGGCUCCGCCUGCCUCAUUUCAAGGUAUCCGUGUACGAACUGCUGUCUCGAUGCAGGCCGAAA